UUUUAGGCCUGUUUUUGUCCAGAAUCCAUGCUGCAGUAUUGUGAUAAUUAAACGACCAGCUCCUCCAGUUUUUUAUUAUACGGUUCCCACGGGUUCAGCGUGUAAAUUUACGGCUAUUGCACUUGUGUGGUGUCAGUGUAUCGGUGUGAUUCGUUUUCUUCCUUGUUUCGGACUAUAGUCCUUCUUUCGGAAGGACACAUCACACUCAUACCGCACCUGCCAUACACCUACGGAAAAAAUGAGGACGCUCUGGAUGUGGAUUGCCAGUGCCACAGCCAUCGGGCUUUGCCAGCGAGUACAGGCCAAAAGCGAUUUACUGCCGUCCGAUAACAUACCGUCUGGGACCAAGGAAGCAACAAAGCCGUCACUCGAGGCGCACAAUGUUCCUGCCAAUUUUUCCGCUGUCUUCACGUGCAAACACCCGGACGCUACAAAUAAGACGGUGUCCUGGCUGCAUAACAUGGCCAAAAUUAUGGACACGACGCAGGACAAGAAAACGCGAUACAAUGUGACAACAGAACCAGGGACGUCCACCUUCACUAUCGCACACGUCCAGGUCGAAGAUCAAGGCAGCGUUAUGUGCCAGGUGCAGAGUGGGGCGGGGCUUGUCGAAAACACGGUAACCUUUAAAGUUAGCCAAUUCGAAAUAAAAGUAAACCAGCAAGAUGUUACUGGCGAGACCACCUACGUUCCUGACAGAACAACGGGUGUGACGUACACCUGUGCGAUCAAGUAUGUCCCGAAAAACGCCCACUUGAGUUGGUUCCAUAACGGAACAGAGCUGAAUGCAACGACCUGCAAGAACAGGAAAUGCAUAAUCGAAAACGACAAUGUACCUGCGGAUGUAAAGAAAGCCGUCGUUUAUUAUCCUGCCGUAAAGAGCGCCCCUCUGAUGGCAUGCAGUGCAACUGGUUGCGCCGAACUUGGUGUUCGGUGA